UUUGAAAGACGAAGAAAAAAAAGAUUGGUGACAAUUUGGAUUAUCAACUUUUCUUUUCAGCUUUACCUGUCAAAUCUGGUUCAUUUGAAAAGAAUCUCUUCUCAUGAAUAACUAUUUUAUCAAAAAACAGAAUAUUUAUCAAAUAGAAAUUUAGAUUUUCAACUCGGGCGAUUCGAUAGAAAUGGGUUCCCGCGCCUUCAAUCAGGAUAUCGAUCCAUUUUUUCCUCUCAUUUUCGCUGUUGCCGAUUUCACCCAACAACUAUCAGUUAUUCAUGAGCGGCACGCAGACGAUUUACAGAUACUUGUUGAAGCAUUCAGAAAACGAAAUGCCGAUUUGCGCAAAGAAAGAUCAUCAUUUCCUUCUGCCUUAUUCACUCUCUGGGAACUUUUAUUGCAAGAAGUUGAAGUUGACUCGCAAAUUCACGGUGACAUGUCAAGAUGCCUGAGUCGCAACCUUGGAACCGGAUUAAAAGAGAAAACCUUUCAUCGAAAAUUUCAAUCGCGCAAAGUUUUCAUUCAUCGAGCAAGUCUGGACGCAUUACUGGGGAAAGCCGAAGAUUUGUUGAAAAAGACUCAAUCUGAUUAUGUUGCGGCUUAUGAUAACUUUUGUGUUGAACAAACUGAUGCCAAUUUGAUUACCUACUACGAUGCUCACAACAAUUAUGUUCACCAACUUCAUGCCUUCAACGGAAUGCUUAAACUCUAUGUUGGCGAUGUGUUACCCAGUCUUUACGAGGAACUUCAAGAAGCAUAUCUGGACGUGAGUGAUAUUCUUGCCUGUUCAAUACAUUCAGCUGCCGAGUUUCUGACAAACAAGAUUCGUGAACAGAGUAAUCAUUAUCAGACGAUUAGUAAUGCAGCCAAGAGCAUCAAUGGACGGAAUGAUAUUGUACCUUACAUUAAAGCUCUAAAUGUCGACAAAGUUUCAUUGCCUUCUCGAAUCCACAACUUUGUUUCGCCCGCUUUAAUCAACGAUACUGCAAUCAAUGCCAAUUUUCCUCCGGAAGUUGUUGCUGUUUUAGCUAAUGAGCUUUAUAUUGAUAAAGCGUGCCGUUAUGUUUUUAGGAGUAAACUGGACGAAUUGAAGCGAGAAAUGAAUGAUCUUGAAGGUAAAAUUCAGCAGCUCGAAGAAUCCUUGGAAUCACUUAUAAAAUUACAGCAAAGGAGUCUCGACUCAAAUCUUCACAAUAAAGCUAAUGAGAUUCAAGAAGAGAUUUGUUUGAAAAAAUUUGAUCUUCACUUGGCUCAUAUGCAAAUGGCUGCAAUUAAAUCUCAGAUAGAGUUAUAUACAGCCAAAGAUCGUGAUUUUCAUGUUGAUAAUGGUUAUUUGGUUCAACGAGAACGAAAAUCGUCAACGACAAGUACAACAAGUAUCAAGAUGAAAUGGUUCAAAGCGUUUAAAAGUCUCAAAUCAUCGCCAGUUUCAAACAAUGAAAGAAAUGAUGAUGUAAAAAGAGCACUUAAAGGCAGUUCAGAUUCAAAUUCAACACUUUACCUUUACGAAGGUCAACAUGUAUGGACUGAAUAUACUUACAAGAAAAUUACUCCCUGUGAUGUUUGCCAUGAAAUUCUUAGAGGACAUUCUAGACAGGGAAUGAAAUGUAAAAUGUGUAAACUCAAUUGUCACUCUGAAUGUACAGAUAAAGCCACCAAGUGCCAGCCUAAAUCAAGAUUAUUGCGCCGUCAAAAGUCAACCUCUGAAAUCGAAGCCAAACUAGCAUUCAAUGAACUGGACGAUGAAAAAGCUGCUCAACCAACAAUCGAUCCAGUUUACCAAUUACUUAGAACAGCAAAUGAGGUUAGACGGAAUCCAAGUUCAAUGAGUGACCUUAACCAUGGGAUCAAUGAGACGACAACUGAUCGUUUCUCUAAUCUAGUCUCCAGCCUUAUGCCACCUCAUCAUGCUCGUAUACGAUCCUCUGCAUCAUCUUCCAAUUCAUCUUCAUCUUCUCAUCUUCUCGCUGUUAAUAACAAUUCAAUGCAUGCCUCUUGCUCAGCACCUCAUAGUCCACAACGAAAGAAACUUUCCCUGAGAAUGAAAAGCUUCUCCUUGGACGAAUCAACACAGCAUGUUCAACGAGCUCGACCACAACCUAAUUCAAAUCAUGCCUCAUACAACAAUUUUGGUACAGUUUAUGUUGAACCUUUUGAUUCUACCACUUCUUCCUCAACUGAUCGUAUUACAACUAAAACAUCAACAGGGAGUCCAAGAAAACCUGUGUUUGGUAAAAUUAGAAUGAAUUCAGUUGAUUUACCAAACUCAAAUGAGCCAGCAAGUGCCUCUCCAUCGCCUUGCCCAUCGCCGCAACAGUCUUUCAAUAAAAAGCCACAACGCCUUUUACCUACCAACUUGUAUGUCGCUCUUUACAAUUUCAGAAGUAGACAUGAGGAUGAACUUGAUCUCAAAGCGGGAACAACGUUAACUGUCACUGACACAACUGAUCCUGACUGGUGGCAGGGCAAAUCUCAUGGACAGACUGGACUUUUCCCGUCUAAAUAUGUUGCUAAACUUUAUUCAGGUGAACGGCCUCUUCAAAUGCUUCACACUAUUCAAGUGAGUGACGGUGAAGGUUCAAUGGUUAAAUUAUUAAGAGAUCAGAUUAUCAUUCAAGUUGGCGAUGAAAUUGAUGGUAUAGUCAUGAUCAGAACUGGAAUGAGCGACAAAACGAUAUCCUGUCCUGCUAAAUAUGUUGCUGAAGUUACAUAAAUAUAUAUAUAUGCAUACAUGGAACUAUAAUUUAAAGCAUGAAAAUCAAAAUAUUUGAUAAUUCAGUGAAUGCAUCAACGCCACAUUAAUGCUUGGACACUUUGGAUCAAAGAUUUUUAUCGAUAAAUGGAUAACCAAAAGAGCAAAGAAGGCAUAAAGAAUGACAACAAUUCACCAGAUAGGCCACAUUCCAUACAGAAAAGGAUGUUAUGAAUGUUAUCGUAAAGGAUUAUUGCUGUUAUACUCAUUAUUUCCGACAUCAUUAUUGUUAUUGUCAUUGGAAAACUGAAAAAUUUUAUUUUCACUUACAUUUACCUUUAUUCAUCCGUCUUACCUAACUAAAUCAAACAUUAUUAUAUUGACAUUAUAUUAACAUAUUGUAUUUUAAUUGUUAAACAGUGUCUAAAAAAAUUGAAAAUAUAAUUGCAUAGCUUAAUUGCUUCAUUGUUGAUGCUGCCACUGAAAGUUUAAUAAAUUGUUGUAUCAUUAUGUGCUUAUCCGCUCUGGCUAUUCAAGCCAACUUGUUUUCACAAAUAUUACAUUCACUCGUAAUCAAAUCGUAA